AUACGCAACGCAACAUCCCCGAAGAGAGCUUGCCUCUCGUUAAGCCAGGCCGGCGAGGCUGCGUGUGCGUGCAUGCGGCGACGUCGGCCGGGGGCUGCAGCAUGGCCCCGAUCGACCUCGGGCGAGGCGGCCGCGCCUCAGGCACUGGCUCGGGGGCCGCGCCGGGCACACCCCGGCUCGUGAUGGUUGUCGUCGACCCCGUCCGCGAGUCGACGGCGGCGCUGGAGUGGGCGCUCUCCCACGCCAUUGUCGAGGGCGACGACAUCCUGCUCCUCCACGUCAACAUGCCGUACCCGCACAACGGGGCCGCGGGCAGAUCCGGGCCCUCACGCUCCUCGUCUGGCGGGAGCACCGGUUCCCCGAUCGCCGCGCUCCUAGGCGGAGGUGGAGGCGGCGGCUCGGGCGCCGGCGCGGAUCCGGCGGACUUCAUGGAGGAGAUGUGCGCCGCGUGCAAGGCGCGGUACCCCCGCGCGCGGGUGAACGCGGAGCGCGUCGAGCCCGCUACCGAGGGCCGGGAAGCCAAGGCGCAGACCAUCCUCGCCGAGUCCCAGCGACGCGGCGUCGAGCUCCUCGUCAUAGGCCUGCGCCGCGCGUCCUCUUUCUUUGGGUUAAGAAGCCCGAGCGGGUCGUCGAGCCGCGGGCACGACAGCACGGCGGAGUUCUUGAUCGAGCAUAGCAAGUGCCUGUGCGUAAGCGUCCAGAAGAAGGGCCAGAAUGCCGGAUACCUGCUCAACACCAAGACCCACAAAAACUUCUGGCUACUAGCAUGAACGUACAUGUACCUUCAUGAUCGAUCGAUCGAUCAGACUUGUUUUCAUGUAUGUGUAGACACAUACAUACAUUAGGCAUGCAUGGCGCGUAUGCACCUACACGGCUUGCUUGAUUUUACCAGCUGGCUCGAACCGAGCGGCGGGGUAAAAAAAGAAAAAAGAAAAAGGAACGAACAAUCUCAAAUCCCUGGCUUUGUUCAUGAUUCGAUCCCCUCUUUUUAACCAACCGAUUGUGCACCUCGGCUUUUUCGAUAAAGAGGAGGUUAUUUCAUCCGAUCUAUUAGAGCAUAUCUAAGGGAUUCUUUAUUUUUGUCCUUCUAUUUAACUUUCUAUUUAUCUUCCUAUAAA